GAAUGUGGAGACAAGAGAGUUGAGGAAUGUUUUAAGCUAAAUCUUAUUUUCUAGUGUAAGUUAAAAAUAUUUUACCCUUAGUUUAGUGAUUAAUUCUAAUUUUUAAUGAAGAACAGAAAAAAAGAAGUAAACAACAGACUGAUAAUUACGUCUCCGUUGCAAUACAUUUGUCAACGAACGAGUAAAUUCGAAAUCAACUUUUUUUUAUUAAAUUUAUUUGAAGUUCACUUGCAUCGUGAAACAUGGAGAAAUUGUGUAAUUUGAGCAGAAGAGAAAUUGUUCGAAUAAAUGUUGGAGGAACUGUUUUUCAGUGUUGUGCAGAUAUUUUAAAAACAUUUCCAGAAUCUUUCCUUGCCAGUCUAGAAAAACAAAUGCCUAAUCAUGAUAACAGUGAGUACAUUUUUGACAGAAAUCCGUUGAUGUUUGCAUACAUACUUGAUUCUUUUCGAAAAGGCUCAGUUCAUCUGCCAAAAGAUAUUUGCGGAACUACUUUCAUGGAAGAAUUGGAAUUUUGGGAAGUGUCCCUACGCCAUGUUGCUCCGUGUUGCUUGGAGGCUUUAUAUAAAAGUGAGGAUGACAUGUCAACAAUACAGAAACUUUUGAAAGAUUAUGAGAAUAAAACGAACGUUUUUCUCAUGCGACAAAAAGAUACAAGCAUAUGGGCAACAUUUAUAUCACUUUUGAUAGUUUUGUCCACAUUUGCUGAAGCACUCUCCACCGUACCGGCAUUUGAUGUGAAUUACACUGAGUCCGAGAAGCAGGUGUUGCGGAAGAUAGGGCUGUUCCUAAAUUGGGACAAUGCCACGUACAAGAAAAUAUUGUUAACGAAACCACACCCAUAUCUGAAACUAAUUGACUUUCUGUGCAAUAUUGUCAUAACAUUAGAAUACUUGAUAAGUUUUAUUGUUUGUCCGAACAAAAAGACAUUUAUUAUAAGUUUCAUACGGAUAUGCAUCGUGUUCGGAUAUCUUUCAUAUUGGACAGCAUUUAUAAUGCAAAGCAGUGGUAGCAAAAUGUUUGAGUCCGAGACGGCAAUAAAAGCGUACACAGUGCUUUCGUAUUUAACAAUACUUAAGGUAACGCGUUUGUUUUAUCUUGCAAAGCGUGUUCCAGCAUUUGGUAUAAUUGGUUUGACACUAAGAUCUUCGAGUCAGGAGUUAAAACUACUUAUUUUGAUGCUUGGCAUAUUAGUAAGUAUUUUUGGUGUCUUGAUGUUUGUUGCUGAAUAUCAACAUCAGAGUUCAAAAAUAACUAACAUAUUUAUUGGAAUGUAUUGGGCCUUGAUCACAGUUACAACAGUAGGUUACGGCGACUACGUUCCGAUUUCACCAGCUGGUCACGUGAUAGCUGGGGCGUGUGCAGUAUGUGGUAUAUUGAUUCUCGCUUUACCGAUUGGAAUUGUUGCAUCAUCCUUUUGUACAUUUUACAAUUAUCGUAAAUAUGGUAGAAGGCAUUUCCAGAUUUCCAUAGACGGCCAUAAAUCAACAAAUAGAUAACAGUAAGAAGGUUGUUUAAAUGUUCUGGCGACAGCUAUUUGACUAGUGUUCGAAAGUACUUAUUGAUCUGGACACGCAAUAUUUCAUCCCUAAGUACGUUUUAAUUUGUCCUGUUGUAUUGUAAUGAUUUUAUAUAUGGAGAGUUAGGAAGAAUGACCUAUCAAACAUUGCAAUCGUAUAAUGUAUUAAAGUAUUGGAUAAAGUUGUUACAUAGUAAUUAUAGAAAAUAUGUUUAUAAAGUUUAUCAAUUGUUGAAAGGUGAUUUUGAAAUUGCGCCCAAUAAGGUGAAUUGCUGUUCUUCUGUUAAAGUGUUACUAUGUUCACUAGGUUUCUAUGACGUAUGGUUGCAACAAAAUGUUGGUGAUGUAAAUGUUUUUCUAUUUGUUCUAAAACAAAGACUUAAAGAUAAUUUUAUUCAAAAUUGGCAUAGUCGAUUAGGAAGAUUCAUUGAGGGCACUUUUUUUAUAGAACGAUAUGUAUAUUUGAGUUUCAAGACUAUUUAAAUGUAAUUAAUAUUGAUAAAUAUUCAAAAGCCUUGUCAAGAUUGAGAAUUUCUUCACAUAGAUUAAAAAUCGAAUCUGGUCGAUGGACAAGGCCAGUAAGUACUCCUAUAAAUGAUAGAAAAUGCUCAUCAUUUAAUGUUUCAGAAGACGAGUUUCACUUUAUUCUUGAAUGUUCAUUGUAUAGAGAUAUUAGAAAGAAGUACAUUCAUAAAAAGUAUUGGAGACAUCCUAGUAUGAUUAAAUUGGUACAGUUAUUUGAAUGCAAAAACGUAAGUCAGAUUAGAAAUCUUGGAAAAUAUACAUACUAUGCUUUUGCUUUACGAAAUGAAAUAGUUUAUGGUACAAAUAACAUUUAAUUAUCUAGAUGUGUAUAUUUAGUGAAGGAUUUCCCAUUUCUUUAUAAAUCUACAUUAUCAUCAGGUCUCUUAUACAAAGCUUGAAGUAAUGUUUUCUAGUUGUAGAAUGUGAAUUAUAUUUAACACCAGAGACCUUGAUCAAUCUUAAAUUCGUUUUCCGGUAAGGUUGAUAUCCAUCGGUUGAAGAUCGUUCAAAUCAACUGAAUUAUAUUUGCUAUUCCAUUUUGUCCAUCAAUCUUACUUUUCGUUUCGGUAAGAUUAUGGUAGUAAUAAAAUUUAGAUAUGUUCAUGAAAUGUGGUAAAUAAUUAUAAUUAUAUUUGAGUUGUAAAUAAUUAUGUAUAUGGAAUUCAUUAAAUUAAUAGAUCUAACUGAUAAAUUUGGGAUAUCAAACAUAA